CUCAACUAUCACAUAAAAUAUUAAAAUUAAAGUAUUAUUGAAAAAGGAAAGGUUUAUUUUUUUUGAACCAAAUUAAAAAGAAAAGCAAGUUAUUCUUGCUAAAAACUUAUGAAUUUCGAUCAAAUAGUGUCUGAACUGAUCAAUUUCGGUAAUCAAAAUUAUUUGUAAUUCCUAGAAGAAAUGUGUGAUGAAUAUUCACUGCCUCGCAGGUACCUGAAUUGUGAGGUUGAUUGGGAUGACGAUAAAUUCCUCCCCGAAGGCGCUUCGAAGAAUUAUCGAGCUAUAUUUCAAACAAUUUAUGCCAAAUACUUCACUCAGAUUUUGGAAUCCGAGGGUUUCGACAUUUCCAUAUAUCCCGGUCCAGCCGAGGCAGCUGUGUGUAUACCAUACCUGGAUUUUGAAAAAGAACUUGACUUGCUGAGGGUUCUGGCUGAACAUGCUAUUCAGGAAUACAACCUUAAGGAGGAAAAUGUUUACAAGUACAAGUUCAUGUUUAUUGAAACAGUGAACUUUAUUGUGGCUGGACAUCGUGAAUUUUUCAUGAACGUUAGAGUUAAUAAUCUCACUCUGCGUACACCUGUGGAAAUGUUUCGAAUCCGCGCAUAUAGAGGAAUAGAUGGGAAGAAUGUUGUCGUUCUUUGCCAGAGAAAAAUGUUUCCGCCUGAGUUGGCUUAUCAACAACGUUGAAUUGAGGAGAAGCAAGCUUUGCUGAAGACUGGUUGAACUUUUGCUUUCUGAAUCUAGUACUAUUUGAAAACUCCAUCCUAUGUAACUAAAGUGGUUGUUAAUGUUGAUUGACACCUUUAUUAGCUGUUGAAGUAUUUCCGAUAAAUUUUAUUUAUGGUCGAACGAACUCCCUUGUAACAGAACUUCCCAUAGACUUUGCUCUUUUUGCAGGGAUCCCUAAAUUCUAUAUUAUCCCAUUUAUUUAUGGUCGACCAUUAAUAUCUA